AUGCCCCGCGUCCUCGAAGGCAAGCUCGCCAUCGUCACCGGCUCCUCGCGAGGCAUCGGCGCCGCCAUCGCCGAGAACCUCGCCUCCAAGGGCGCCAACAUCGUCGUAAACCACACCUCCCCUUCCUCGGCCGAGCCCGCCGCCGCCCUCGCGGCGCGCCUCUCGGCAGCCCACUCGGUCAAGACCCUCGUCAUCCGCGCCGACCUGGGCACGCCCGACGGCCCCGCGCAGCUCGUCUCCCGGCUGCUGUCCGCGCUGGCCGCGGACCACCCGCGCAACGCCCUCGGCAACCCGCAGAUAGACAUCCUGGUCAACAACGCCGGCGUCGCCAUCAACAACAAGAUCGCGGACCUGUCGGCCGCCGACUUCCAGCGCACCUACGCCGUCAACGUGCAGGGCCCGCUGCUGCUCGUGCAGGCCGUGGCGCCGUACCUGCCGACGGACCGCUCGGGCCGGCUGGUCUCGCUGUCGAGCAUCUCCGCCUCGACGGGCUUCGUGGGCCAGUCCGUCUACGGCGGCACCAAGGCCGCCGUCGAGGCCAUGACGCGCACCUGGGCCCGCGAGCUCGCCGAGCGCUGCACCGCCAACGCCGUCAACCCGGGCCCCGUCGAGGGCCCCAUGUACGCCGCCAACACGGACGAGUUCAAGGCCGGCAUCCGCGGCUGGAUCGAGCACGCGCCCCUCAUGCGCGCCCGGCCCGGCGUCGACUCGGACGAGGUGGUCGAGGACGCCAAGACGAGCGGCGGCAGGCCCGCCUACGCGAGCGAGGUCGCCGGCAUCGUGGGCAUGGUGUGCACGCCCGACGCCGCGUGGUGUACGGGCCAGGUCGUGUCUGCGAAUGGCGGUAUGUUGAUGUUCUAA